AUGGCUGCUGGAAAUGGUGAUAAAUCAGCUUCUCUUCGCUUCGCUGAUUUUGGUGCAUUACCUAAGCGAAUGCUAGCUCCAAUCGAAGGGUAUGAAGAUAUGCCACUUGUAUCAAUCGAAGAAGCAGUACAACCUCUCGUUAACAUCGUACCGAAAGUUGAACGUAACGUAUUCAUCGUGAAACAGAACUGUCAAAAUCCAGCAGAUGGAUUAACAACUGACGAGUCUGCUUCGAUAAUGCUCUAUACGUACGAAUCGAUCCCUCAUAAAAAUUCUCUUUAUGUCAUUCUCAAUGAAAUAUUACGGUCAGAGGAUAGACAGAAACUCAACCCUUGGUUUCUGUAUUUACGACUUGUCCUGACCGCACUGGCUCGCCUACCAUCCGAACGACAUUUCGUUAAUCGAGGAGUACGAGCAGACUUCCGUGCAGAAUAUCCAGGAGGCAGUACUUUCAUUUGGUGGGGGUUCUCAUCUUGUACCUCAUCCGUGCAGGUGCUGGAAUGUGAAAUGUUUUUUGGUAAAACUGGAACUCGUACUCUAUUUCAAAUCGAUUGUCAUACGGGAAAAAAUAUUAAGAACCAUUCAUUUGUGCAGAAAGAAGAUGAAAUUCUCCUGCUUCCUGCCAGACAAUUUCAAGUUAAAUCCUGCCUUGAUUCUGGCAAUGGGCUGUAUAUAAUACAGCUAAAAGAAAUAGAUCCAAUCUAUCCUUUACUUGAACCUAUUUCCGUACCAACCUCAAAACAAUCAGCCAAGAAAAAUAUCAAUUCUGGCUCGCAAACAACAGGCAAUCAAACGAAGUCUAUCUCAUCAGCUUCAUCUAGUGUAACAUCAAAACAAACUGGAAAAAAAUUGUCAGGUACUGACUUAUUAUAA